UGACAGAAACGCGACAAGCUUCCGCAUCGUCGUUAGGCAAGGCAAUGCCUAUCGUUCGUUAGAAGUGGGUUACAGAUCCACGUUUCUGGGAAAUCUCGGUCUAUUUUCGUCGAUUAUUUGGAUCCACACUUGCCUAACUUAGGGCUAUACGUUGUUUCCCGCUAUUGUCAAGGUAGAGGCAUAAUGUUUCCAGGGAGGAUAAGGCCCCAGGUACCCUUUGCAUAUCGGAAGAACUGGAUUGGCAGGAUCAGGCUGUAACAAUGAAUGCGAUGGAGACAGCUCACAAGGAGAUACUUCGAACUAACCGAAGUUACUUAGUGGAGAAUCUAUCUGAUAUUGCAGAAAUUGUCAACCGUCUUUUUGAAAUGAAAACAAUCACUGCUCCCAUGAAGGAGGGCAUUCUGGAAGGACAAAACACGAAAACGGAGAAAAAAAGAGCUUUGCUUGAUUUACUACCACGAAGGGGGAAGUUUGCGUUUGAUGAUUUCUUCAACGCCCUCAUUGCAAGUUCCGAAUACACUGCUGCUGAUGUCUUGAAGCCAGGGCAAGGACAGGCCGCCAUGGAGGCGGACAGACAGGCUGGAAAAACUGCCUACUCAGCCCCACAACCCCGGGCUCCGUAUGUCGCCUCACCGGUGGAGGAUGACCUGCCUAGAUUUUGGCCUGAUCAGAACUACAAUGCAAUGGAUGUACAGGUUGUGAAUGUUGCAGAAGAAGAUCACAAUAUGCGGAAUAAAUUUGUCAGGUCUGGUACAGCUCAGUCGGGGUAUUACUGUAUGCAGCGGAGACCAAGGGGAAUUCUUUUAAUAAUUAACAAUGAGAAAUUUUCCACUGCAAGACAGGAGAAAAAUCUUCCACUUGAAGACAGAGACGGCACAAAUGUAGAUGCAACAUCCCUCGAUAUGCUGUUCGAAAAACUGUCUUUUAUAACAAUCACCGAGAAAAACCUGACAAGGGAGGGAAUUAUUGAAGUCCUAAGAAGACAGCAGCAGGUCAAUCAUGACAAUUAUGACUGUUUUGUGUGUGUCAUCUUGUCCCAUGGGACUGGCGGGGGCGUGUUUGGUGUUGACGGCGAGGUCGCAAACACACAGGACAUCACUGAUAUGUUCAACGGUCAGAACUGCAAGACACUCGCUGGGAAGCCAAAACUAUUCUUCAUACAGGCCUGCCAGGGAACUAAGCGAGAUACAGGCAGUGCUGGAGCACAAGAUCCCUCUGUGGGUGAAGUCAGUCUCAAGUUUGAGAAGAUGGGCUUGAAGAAUGAAACAGAGGCAUCAUCCAAAUCACAGGUGCAGUGUGAAACAAAGGCGGAUUCUGUUGCUGAAGAAAACCUUGGAACCAGAGCAGACACUUUUGUCGCUCUUGCCACAACACCAGAUUAUCUGUCGUACCGAAACACAAAGAGAGGCACGUGGUUUGUGCAGGCCAUCACCUACAUCUUUCAGAAGUUUGCUCGUUCAGAAGAUCUGUUGUCAAUGAUGACCAAGGUUAACCUCCUCGUCAGUCGAGGUGAAAUCUAUGGCCAGGGCCUGAAACAGGUCUCCAUCUUCAAUUCUUCCUUUAGGAAGAAGUUCUUCUUCUUCCCAGGCCUGCAGGCUGAUGUAUCAGGACAGUCCCGCCCCCGUAAUCAAAUGCAUCCAACCAGCUAGACCUCCACUCCACCAAACUGGCCUACCAGCAGCAGCAGCAGCAGCAGCCUAGGUGUCAUCCUUGAACUGUCAUCGAUGCAUGGAGCGUCUGACCCGCGUGUCAUUUGAUGUCAAAUAUAUCAACACCACUUCAUAAUGUUUGAAACUUUGAUUGUUGAAAUAAAAGGAUCCAAAGACAAGGGGGAGAUUCUAUUUAUCAUCCAGAAACAUUCUUCUUAUCUAAUAGCUUGAAAGCAACAAGAAUCAGUGUCUUGAGAGAAAGAAGUACAACUCACCAGCUUCUGUGGCAAAGAGAUUCAUGAUGUUGUUUGAUUGAGAUGUCAUGGUAACCAGUGAUGUCACAAUGGUCUGCUAAGUAUUGUGAUGCAAUUUCCUUGUUAUCAUAUCUCCUAGGAAAUAUAAUUUGAUCUCGCCGAUGUGCUAUAUAGAGAAUGUCACCCUCGUGUCUUUUGAUAUCAAGUAUAUCAACACAAUUGAUAAAAGUGGAAAAACUCAAGGCUUGCCUGACAAUGGUCUACAAGCCAUAUCUCCUGUGAGAGCCAGUUUUGGUUGAUAAAUCCUGUUUUUGCCAGUUUGGGAUGAUAAAUGUCAUUGAUGGUGUCUUUAGGCUGAAGAUGGCAGGACCUCAAAGACUGACACUGACCUUGUCCUUUUAAAGAGAGAUGUCAUCGAUCCCAAUCGAUGUCAUCGAUCCCAAUUGCAUUGAUCGGUGCUCAUGAUCCAUGGUCCAGACUCGAUUAUUUACAGACAGCUAUCAUAUAGCUGGAAUAUUGCUGAGAGCGGUGUUAAACAACAACAAAACAAAGAGAGAUGUGAUGGACAUUCAAUAAUUUGAUUUACUGUCAUGCACAGUUGAAUCUGUCUAAAACAGACUUGUAGGUUACCAAAAUUUGAGACUGGUGUUCAGACAGUGGUAGAUUUUUACCAUCCCUUGCCAUCAUGUGUUAAACAUGAAAGAUUGAAGAAAUAAUUUAUUUGAGUUUACACAUGGGUCAGUUCCCCAUGUCUACAAUGUUUACACCGUCAUUGAAUUCAUCAAAUUGUGUGUAUUCAUGCUCAGAUAUCAAUCACAGGAUUGACUAGUCCAGACUUGAUUAUUUACAUGCAGCUGAAAAAUUGCAGAGUGUGGCGUAAAACAACAAACAAACAAACAAACA